AUGUUCAUUACAAAUCCCAAUAUUGGUGAUAGAUCUCGUUUAGAAGAUUGGAGAAUCAGAGGUUACGACCCAUUAACUGCCCCAGAUUUAUUACAACAUGAAUAUCCUUUAACUGAUGAUAAUAAAAAGAUUAUCUUAGAAGGUAGAGAACAAGCUUGUGAUAUCUUGAAUGGUAAAGAUGACAGAUUAGUCUUGGUUAUUGGACCAUGUUCUAUACAUGAUCCAAAAGCUGCCUUGGAAUAUGCCGACAAAUUAAAAGCUCAAGCUGAUAAAUAUAAAGGAGAAUUACAUAUCGUGAUGAGAGCUUACUUGGAAAAGCCAAGAACCACUGUUGGUUGGAAAGGUUUAAUUAAUGAUCCUGAAAUUGAUGGUUCUUUCCAAAUUAACAAAGGUUUAAGAAUUUCAAGAGAAUUAUUCGUUAAAUUAACCAAAAAAUUACCGAUUGCUGGUGAAAUGUUGGAUACUAUCUCACCCCAAUUUUUAUCUGAUUUAUUCUCUGUAGGAGCUAUUGGUGCUAGAACUACUGAAUCCCAAUUACAUAGAGAAUUAGCUUCUGGUUUAUCAUUUCCUGUUGGUUUCAAAAAUGGUACUGAUGGUACUUUAGGUGUUGCUAUUGAUGCUUUAAGAGCAGCUUCUCAUCCUCAUCAUUUCUUAUCAGUUACCAAACCUGGUGUGGUAGCUAUUGUUGGAACUGAUGGUAAUAAAGAUUGUUUCGUUAUCUUAAGAGGUGGUAAGAAAGGUACUAAUUACGACGAAAAAUCUGUAAAAGAAUGUCAAGAAGAUUUAGUCAAAUCAAAAGUUGUAACUGAAGAAAAUCCAGGUCCAAGAAUUAUGGUUGAUUGUUCUCAUGGUAAUUCUAACAAAAAUCAUAAAAACCAACCUUUAGUUGCUCAAGAAAUUGCUGAUCAAAUAAAGAAAGGUGAUAAAAGUAUUUGUGGUUUAAUGAUUGAAUCUAAUUUAGUCGAAGGAAGACAAGACGUUCCACCACUUGAUCAAGGUGGUAAAGAUGCUCUUAAGUACGGAUGUUCAAUUACCGAUGCUUGUAUUGGUUGGGAUGAUACUGAAGAUGUGUUGAGAAUAUUAUCUGAUGCCGUUAAGGCCAGAAGAGCUUUAUAA